CACCAAGACUUUUCGGCUUCUGAUAACAAACUGACUGUCAUACAAAAACCUUAAAUUUCUUGAAGUUGGUACCUCUUGACAAACAACGAGAGAACGACAUCUAACCCCACUUUAUAGCUGCUGUGUGUUGUCAUCUGGCUGUCAUUCACAAUUCACAGUUUUGUAGUAGGUUUGCAUCAUGGAAAAGUCGGAGAAAAAAAGAUCAGCUAACUACACAUCAAGGGAAAAAGAGACAAUACUUUCCUUGGUUGAAAAAUAUCAAGGUAUAAUUGAAAACAAAAAGACUAACUUUAUAUUCAACAAACGGAAAAAUGAGUGUUGGGAGAAGCUUGCGUGGGAAUAUAAUUCCAUACAAACAACUGGCCCCAGAACUGGCCAACAACUAAAAAGCUGCUACGAGCAAAUGAAAAAAAUUGCAAAACAACACAAAUCUGAAGACAAGAUGAAUUUGUUGCAAACGGGCGGCGGGAUAUCUAUUCCUCGAACCACCACAUUCGAUGAAAAAGUUUUAAUCCUUUUAAAAGACAAUUACUUCACAAUACCAAAUAAAUUUGACAGCAACAACUAUGUUACCAAACCAGAUGAAAGAAGAACCCCUAGAAAGCCCUCUGCUACUGGAAGUGGUGAUCAGGAGAAUAUGGAGGAAAGCAUAAAUUUAGUAUAUGAAGAUCACUUGACAAAUAUUGGAGAUGAUCAAACGCAGAUUCACCAUGAUGACAUGCAGAUUGAUGAUGAUCAAAUCAUUAACAACAUUAUUCCAGAUAUUUUGGAAGAAGGCAGUGUAAAUGAACCUCAAUUAGGAAGUGCAAGUGAAGCAGAGGAUAGUAAGUCAAAAAAAAGAAAAUUUAAUUCCGGAGCCCAAUAUCAUUCCAUAGACCCACUACAACAUAAGCCUUUCAGUGGUCCGAGACUAAAAAAAAUGGUUUCGAGUAAGCAAAGUAAAGUUAUAGACAUAAAUAACAAAAAAGCUGAAAUGUAUGGUUUAAAAAUUGAGGUAUUAAAGACAAUUGCAAAAACUGAACUGGAACAUUUAAAAGGAGCAAAACUAGAAAAUGACAUUAAAGAACUCAUUAAACAAAAGGAAAUAGUUAACCUCAAAAUGAAAAACAUGGAAUUAAAAAAAUAUGUCUCAUUAAGCUAGGAGUGGCUGCUGUACAGAAAUUGAAAGUUUUGUAUGAUAUCCGUAGUGAUAUUCAUGUGAUGAAUCUAUAAAGAAGGUUUUAAGGAAAAUGUUUAUUUUGUAAAGAUUUUGCAUAUAUUAAUGGGAUGAUUCAGCCGGUGAAAGAAGUCCAGCACUUUUAUGCUGAAUAGCAGUAGUCAUAGAAUGGUUUUUACAUUUCACAACAUUAACCAAAAGAUCAAAUAUGAGAGUUAUUUCAUGGCUACUGCUGCCCAGCAUAAAAGUACUGCACUUUAUGUUAGCUGAAUGGUCACAUUGUCUCCAUGUAAUAGAUAUGUGUAUGUUCACCAUAUAUAUUUUUUGUCCUUGAACAAGUUUUGUGAUGUUAUAUUUAAGUUACAUUUCUAUGGUUUAUAAAUAAGUUGCAAUAAAAGGCUGAUGACAUAACUUCAAGUUAUAUUUAAUAAAAGUGUAUGAAGUAUUU